CCUUCGCCCUGCCGCCACAUGCCAGCAGCUCGUACAUGCCGCCAUCACCAGCUACGCAUCCAAUUGGCCCGCCGCUCGCCGACUCCGCCGACCUUGUUCCAUCCCUCGUGCGCUCUGAUGCCCUCUCAGCUCAGCCUCUCGCCCGGGGUCCUCCUCGCGUGCCGCGCUGUUACAGGCCUGCAUCAGCCUCUCCUUGAACCUGGUUGUCUCAUAUCGCCGCCGCUCGUGCGCUCGCACGCCUGUGCUCUCUGCGCUCGGUCAAGCAAAAACGGCUCUUUGUGCUUCGUACUAACCAUCCGAGCGCCACGAGCAAGGCUAGAAAAGACGGGAGUGGGAACGUGAAUGUUCGCUGACACACAGUACCAAGCCGAAAUAUGGGCGCUUGACUCGCCAGGGCAAGUCAAGUUGCACAAAAGACGAGGCGUCGUACCGCGAUGGCGCCGACUGCACCGAGCAGACAAGCAGCUAGUGCACUCGCUGCCACCUAUUCCCCCUCGCAGCGGAUAGCCCCGGUUCCACUCUCUCCCCCAGCAUCAGGUUCAGGCACUGAGAGGUCGUUGGUGGGCCCCUCGCGGACUGUAUUUAGGGCGCUGCUUUCCGCUGUCAGGCGCUGGUACCAUACCAGGCGAGUCGCAAUCUCUGGAGCUUUUGAAGCGCUUUGAAGUUCGCAAUCUUUCUGCGGCGUGUAGCCAUUUUUCAACGUGUCGCGCAUACCGAGACAGGCGCACGUGGAAGGCUCGUAAGGAGGCUCUGUUACAGUGUUACGUGCUCCUCUCGUCCUUCAAGGGUGCGCGCUUCGACUCUGGUGAAGCGUUGCGAUGGCGGUCUUUUUCUCACGGACGCGACUCGAUCGUCUCGCCAUGAUCUUGGCCGUUCUUUUGGUCAUGGCUGGUGCGCCGAUGGGCCAUUGCCUUCUGAGGGGAUGGGACGUGGGGCGUUGUACAAAUUCAUGAGCUACGCUUUGUCGCCAAGUAUCACAGGAGUACUUGAGCCUUCCCAGCUUUCGUACAGAGUACAUACGAAACGAACUGGUAGAUACUCUCUUCUCCACCUACUAAUUUCGUUUCCUUCUCUCCCCAUGCGUCCCUCCCUCCGCCGCCCCUCCCAUGCGGCCAUGCUUCCACUGCCACGCUGUUCCGCUCUUUCUGCUCGCAUUCUCUUCGUGACGCUGUCCACUCUGCAGUGCCAUCAACAACCAAGGCCAAGAUAGUGGUGGUGGGAGGAGGGGGCAUCAAUUCUUGGAACGAGUGGAGCAUGCGGGUUUGGAAGAAGCCAGUGCUGCACGUUGGAGACACCCUGGUGUUCAAGUGGUGGGGCUUCCCCAACGACGUAUUGGCAGCACUCAGUAAGAAGCAAUUCGAUACGUGCAACUUCACCAUAGCGCUCUUGCUGCACAGCACCACAUGGGUGGGCAGGUUCAGGAUCAUGGUACCAACUGGCACCACUCGAGUGCUCUUCGCUAGCAGCAUGCGCGAAAGGUGCAGGAGGGGACUCAAGUAUGACACGGGUACUAUUUUGCCAUAACUGAACGCAUGGGUGCAGCAGCCCUCCACACCACCCAUGACGGAGGGACCAUCCAUGAGAAGAGUAGUUUUUUAGGUUGUUCCUAGAGCAGCAGUAGACAUGUACCUGAAAUAUUGGCAGUGAAGUGGAUGAUUAGAGUGGUGUUGCCUGCAGAUUAGGUGGAAUAGGGGAUAG